GGGGCAUUAGAAAAACAAUGGUCAACAUUUGAAGAGACACACAAUAAAUUAAUAUGUAACUAUGGUGAGGAAGAUUAUGAUGAAUCGGAGUACAGCUUGAAAGAUGUAUAUGGAGAGACGGAAGAUUUAUAUAGUGAAUACAAAAUUGAUAUAAAGGAAAAACUUACUAAAUUUAAAAAUAGCCCUAUAGUUACGAGUGAUGUAGUAAGCAACAUUAACAGUGAAGUAAAAUUUACCUAGAAUAACAAUACCUACUUUUUCUGGCCACUAUUCACAAUGGAUCACGUUUCGUGACCUGUUUAAGUCAUUGAUACACAGCAACAAAUCGUUGCAAGCAGUGCAAAAGUUGCAUUACCUAAAAAAUUACCUGACCGGUGAAGCCGAGCAGUUACUACGACAUUUGCCGGUUACAAGUGAAAAUUAUGAACUAUGUUGGAGUAUGUUAGAACAACGUUUUAAUAAUAAGAAAUUUAUUACAAAUAGUAUUUUAAAAAGAUUUUUUUCUCAAAAGAAUAUUGUUUCCGAAUCUUCAAAUGCUGUUAAAGAAUUACUAGACACCACAAAUGAAUGUUUAAAUGCAUUGAAAAAUAUAGGAAUAGUAACUGACAAUUGGGAUGUUAUUGUUUUAUAUAUUUUAAGUUCAAAAUUAGAUACUAAGUCUAGAGAGUUAUGGGAAACUAAAAUUUGUAAUUUAACAGAUGAAUUGCCAACAUUAAAUCAGUUUUUUGAAUUUUUAGAGCAAAGGUUUAGGUCACUUGAAUUUUUAAUAAACAAACCAGUCAAAAGCACUCAAUCUCAUCAUGUAACUUUUAAGGAAAAAUCAAAUUGUGUCUUUUGUUCAGAUAGUACGCAUAAAAUAGGAAAUUGUAAGAAAUUUGCUAAGGGUAACCUUAAAACACGUCGUGAGUUUGUUCAAAGUUCCGCCUUAUGCUUCAACUGUUUAGGUGCUAAUCAUUCGGUUGAGGCGUGUCGUUUGCCCACCAGGUGUAAGAUUUGCAAACGAAAACACCAUUCACUUUUGCAUUACAACGCUAGUGUAUCAACAGAUAAUGUAUCAGCUAACAACCAAUCACCAGAAGAUAUCAAUGUUGUUGCAACGGCAACAACAUCGAGACCAGAAGAGACCAACAUUGAAAAUAUUACCACUUGUUUUACUAAUACCAGAAAACAAGUUCUAUUGGCAACAGCCCUCGUAAGGGCCAACAAUAAUUCUGGAUCAAGUAUGACACUGCGAGCCUUAUUAGAUCAGGGCUCACAGGCUUCAUUUAUUACGGAGUCUGCAGUCGACGGUAGUACCGCUAAUAAAGGGCGAACUUCGGUGAUACCCACGCAACCCCAUGACGUCACAUUGUGUUCCUUAUCUAAUUGUAAUGCUUCCCGCACACCUACUACGGUGUUACUCGCUACCGCACGCGUUGUUGUUUUCGAUACGCAAGGUAGGGAACACAACGUGCGCGCUUUAUUGGACAGUGCCUCGCAAAGUAAUUUCGCCAGUCGCAGCUUAUGCCAGCGGUUGGGUUUAGAGACAAACCAGAAACCCUCAUGUUCAGUGGUUAAAGGGAUUGGAGGCACUACUAAGCCAAUUCUAAGUUCGGUUUCGGUGAAAUUCUUCUCCCGCUUUGAUCUCAGUGUGUGUUUUAGCAUGGACUCCCUCGUAGUCGACAAGGUCACGGAGCGCUUGCCCACUGUGUCUGUGGAUAUUUCGUCGUUGAUCAAUUUUAAUAAUUUACCUUUAGCUGACGAUACCUACGCUGCCCCUGGAGAUAUUGAUUUGUUGAUUGGAGCAUCAAUCUUUCCUCACCUUCUCUUAUCUCGUAAAGUUCAAGGUCAGUCUGAUUGUCUCUCACCGGUCGCUUUAGAGACCGUGUUAGGUUAUGUUAUUGUCGGCUCUGCUCCUGCUCUAGUUGAUAAUCACGCGUCUGUCUCAUAUUGUUGUGCUACAGACCCGCUUGACGCUGCUGUACGUAAAUUCUGGCAGAUAGAAGAAGUAAGCGCCCCGCAACUAUUGAGUCCAGAUGAUAAGGCGUGUGAAGAUAUCUAUAGCAGCACGACUACCCGUGAUACGGAUGGUCGAUACAUGGUCGCGCUUCCAUUUAAAGGGGAUGUAUUUUCAUUAGGUGAUUCGUUUAAGAAAUCUAAAAAUUGCUUUCUUUGUUUAGAACGUAAAAUGCAGGCAUCACCUAAAUUAAAGGAGGCGUAUGAUAACGUGAUUAGUGAAUAUUUAAAUAAGGGUUAUAUUUCUCCCGCUCCUCUAGACACUGAAGAAACUCGGAAUUUACCCUCAUAUACAAUACCUCACCAUGGUAUAAUAAGAGAAGAUAAACUUACUUCUAAAUUACGCAUCGUCCUGGACGGUAGUUCAAAGUCCAGUUCCCAAAUCUCGCUUAAUGACAUUUUAUAUAAUGGGCAAAAUCUGCAAGGAAACUUAUUUCAUAUUAUUGUUAAUUUUCGCUUAUUUCGUAUCGCUCUCUCCGCUGACAUUCGUCAAAUGUUUCUUUGCAUUGGAGUUCGGCCAUGUGACCGAAGGUUCCAACGCAUUCUGUAUCGCUUUUCGCCGCAAGAACCCUUGAAGGUUUAUGAAUUUAACCGCGUUUGUUUCGGACUGAAGUCUAGCCCGUUUCACGCUCUUCGUACCAUAAAGCAACUAGUUUUGGAUGAAGGUUCUUCUUAUCCGCGAGCACAGCAAACAGUCAAGACUGGUUUGUAUAUGGACGAUUUUGUCUACAGCAUUGACAACGAAGAUGAGGCUAUUUCCACCGCUGCGGAAGUAAUCGCUUUGAUGAAAGCCGGACAAUUUGAUCUUGUUAAAUGGACAAGCAAUUCACAAAGAGUCUUGGAUUCUAUUACGCCGUCGCAUCGUCUCUCUGCUGUAAAGGAGUUUGAUGACUCUGAUUCGCAUAAGGUACUAGGACUAUGCUGGUCACCCGCAACAGAUAAUUUUAGUCUUAAAAUCUGUACAACCGCUGAAUCAUGUACAAAGCGUACUAUUCUGUCGUGUGUCGCUAGGAUAUGGGACGUCAUGGGAUUUGUUGCACCCGUGGUCUUAUACGCAAAACUUCUCAUAAAACAACUUUGGUUGUGUGAAUGUGAUUGGGAUGAUAUACCACCCGACCACAUCAUUCAACAGUGGUCCCGUUUUAAGGAGGAACUUCCUCUUCUUGGAAAAAUUAAAAUUCCGCGACAUGUUGGCAUCGCGUCCGGUGAUGUUUUAACCGUCGUGGGCUUCGCGGACGCAAGUGAAAGGGCCUACGGAGGAGUUGUGUACUUUCAUGUAAGAGACAGUCAAGGUCUUCGCAAAAACUCAUUUAGUCUGAUAAGCGCUAAAUCUAAAGUGUCACCUCGUAAGGUGGUUUCGCUAGCACGUCUCGAGCUUUGUGCAAUAUUAGUCCUAAGCAACUUAAUUGCUAAUGUAAUUAAUACUUGUAACAAUAGCAUUAAUAUAGAUCGUGUUUUCGCAUUCUCAGACUCGACUGUAGCUCUUUGUUGGGUGCAUUCUUCGCCCCAUCGUUGGGAUACUUUCGUUGCUAAUAGAGUCUCUAAGAUUCAGAAUGAAUUUCCACCGCGAACAUUUUAUCACAUCGCUGGCCAUGAAAACCCCGCUGAUUGUUUAUCUCGUGGCCUUAGUCCCGCACAAAUCAUUGAUCAUCCGCUUUGGUUCUGCGGUCCUCAAUGGAUUCUAUCAGAUCCAAGUUUUUGGCCUGUUACGGAUUUUAAUCCAUCUACUGUGUCUCAGCCUCCAGAAGUAAAGAAGCAUGUAACUCUUUUCACUGCUGAAGACUGUGAAAAGGUUGAGAAAAGUUUUUUAAUUACGCUUGCAAAUCGUUUUUCAUCUUGGUCAAAGCUUUUACGCAUUGUCGUUUAUAUCUGUCGUUUUGUUAAAUUAUUGCCUCGGCGUAGUACUAUAAUCGCAGCGGAUUUAGAUUACGCUGAGAAUUUAAUACUGAGUGACCUUCAACGGUCCCACUUCUUCAACGAAAUCGCUAGCUUACGUACAGGCAAGCGAUGUACCCCUGCUUUUCAGCGUCUCAAGCCAUUCCUUCAGAACAAACUUCUUAGAGUCAGAGGACGGUUGAGUAACGCUGAUAUAAAAUUUGAUAGUAAGCAUCCACUCAUACUUCCUCGGAAAGGUCAUAUUUUGAAUCUUAUAGUGGAUUACUAUCACAAAUUGAAUUGCCAUGCAGGUCCGGAGCUAUUGAUGUCCAUACUGCGUCAAAAAUAUUGGAUUUUGUCCGCUCGAAAUUUAAUUCGAAGCCGGGUUCACAAAUGUUUACCCUGUUUUCGACUCCGCGCUAAACCAAAUUUUCCUGAAAUGGUCGAUCAUCGCUCCUGCCGAGUUACACCAGUCGCUAAACCCUUCGUACAUACUGGCACUGAUUACGCGGGUCCCUUUAAAGUGAGUAGUUCGCGUGGACGCGGAAUUCGCGCGUUCAAGGCAUACGUAUGUCUUUUUGUGUGCUUAACCACCCGCACUGUUCACAUAGAAGUUGCAGGUGAUUUAGCUUCCUUGGAGCUUUUAAGCGUUUUCUAUCACGCCGUGGUCCCGUGGCUCGCGUGUACUCAGAUAACGGCACUAAUUACGUAGGCGCAAAGCGCACGCUUUCGGAGUUACACGACUUCUUAGUUUCAAAACACUUUAACUCUGAGUUUGGUCACGUAUUAGCUGAAACUCGCAUUGAUUGGUCAUUAAAUACUCCUGCUGCUAGUCAUUUUGGUGGCAAUUGGGAGACCAAUAUUAAAAGCCUUAAAGCUCAUUUAUACCGGGUGAUAGGUGAUCAAAUUCUAACUUUCGAGGAGUUCAGCACUGUACUUGCACAGAUCGAGGCAGUGAUGAACUCGCGGCCACUGUGUCGCACGCUAUCCAAUGAUCCAUCGGAACCUCUCGCGUUAACACCCGCUCAUUUUUUAAACUUAACACCGCUAAAGUAUCUACCAGCUAGAGAAAUCGAAGAAGAUAGAUUACAUUUGCUUUCGCGUCAUGAGUUAGUUGACAAGCUAGUGCAGUCCUUCUGGAAGCGCUGGAAGUCUGAUUACCUUCAUACAUUGCAAAUGCGGAACAAGUGGAACACGCCAGCUAAGCCAAUUUCUAACGGCGAUGUUGUAAUAGUUAUUGUUGACAAUGCACCGCCGCUACACUGGCCUUUAGGAAUAGUGGAGGAAGUUUUCCCUGGUUCAAACGGUGUUACACGUGUGGUCCACGUUCUUACGGCGUCAGGUACCUAUCUACGUCCUGUAGUACGUCUCUGUCCCCUACCUAGCGAAUAGUUACAUUUGUAUAGGUCAUUAGUUAGGUUAGUUAGUUUACAUUUGUAUAAGUCGUUAGUUAAGUUAGUUACUUUAAUAAACUUUUCUUUAGAUCGCUUUUCAUAUCGCUAUUCAUUUACUUUCUAGUUUUUCUUGAAGGCAACCCUUCAAACCCGGGGGAAUGGUUGCGCCGGAUUCUUAUUUUAUAAUAAUUUUUGAUUUUAAAUAAUGGUUGCUCAAUACAUAUACCCAUCCUAAUAGUUCCUAGACGCAUAUCUCGUCACCCACCUAUUUUAUGUCCCAAUCCUAUGACGGUACUAGUUCCGGAACGGGCUAUAGGUGGCGCGCACGACGAUGAAUCUCUAAUAAGAAUUAAUUAGUGACAAUUUUGAUGACCCGUGAUAUGGUUGAUUAUUCACCGCACGCUCGCAACGCUUCCUUUUUCUUUUUAAACAUUUAAUUUUUUAUUAUAAACUUUAACUAUACUUAAAUUCAAUUAACUUUAACUUGAUUAAGUAUAAUUUGUGAAAGUGAUUGUUCAUUGGUGUACAACAAAGGAAAGAAGCCACUAGAAGAAGCCACGAGGUUGAAGGUACUGUGCCGACAUCCUUUCUUUCUUUUUCCCAUUGUCCAUUAUUGAGCAAUCAUAUUAGGUAUCAAUAAGAAAAAAUACAGUCCACUAUAUAACCACUUCAAAAAUAUAGCUUAUAGGUAUAAAGU